AUGCAAUUCUUACAUUUAACCGAAUUCUAUUCAUUACGUAAUGAAUCGUGGAUAUUCUACACAAGUUUUGAACGUAUGAAACGCGAUUUACGUCAAGUCAUAUUGGAUGUCUGCCGAUUUCUGAAUCGAACUAUUGAUAAUGAAACAAUGUUGCGAAUGCUUAAACAUUUAUCAUUCGAUGAAAUGAAAAUGAAUCCGAAAACGAAUCAUUUAUGGGAAUAUGAACAGAUACGAAAUAAAUUCGGAAUGGAAUCUGGAAAACCUGAGUUCAAUUUUAUACGCAAAGGAAAGGUGAAUGCUUAUAAGGAAGAGUUAUCCAAGGAUAUGGUGCAAAAAUUGGACAAUUGGAUGGAAGAUAACUUAAGGAAAUUUAAUAUAACAUUAAAUGAAUUGUUGUUGUUAAAUAAUGUAACAAAUGUUGUAACAAAAUAA